AUGGAUCGGAAUCACGCAGAUGAUGGAUCUACGGUAACCCUCCUUGAUUCGGAGUUGGCAGAGCAGCUAGGUGUUACCGGGAUCGAGGAAAGUAUGACUAUUGAUACAAUCACUGGCACAACGAGUAACAUUCCGGUCAAAUUCAUUGACUUUGAUAUUCGCGGCAAGCACGGGAAUGAGACGUACCGGGUCCAUAAAGCUCGUGCCAUUCCUAAUUUAAAGCUGCGACCUCAGGAGGUAACGAUUACUGACACGAAUUUUAAUCAUCUCCGGGACUUAUCUGAAGACUUGAUCUUUACCAUGGCGACUCCUAAGGUGCUUAUAGGGACCUCGGAUUGGCCCUUGCUGAUUUCCCGGGAGAAUAGAGUGGGCAACGCGCACGAGCCGGUGGCCACCCGCACCGCUUUAGGUUGGGUUGUAUUCGGGGAGGUGCCACGCAGCGUUUUUUUUACCCAUUCUUUCAAUCACGUGUCAGACAAUAAACUGGACAGUCUCAUUAAGUAUUAUUAUGAACUAGACUCUUUAGGCAUUAAACAUGAAAACAAAGUUAACAAGGAAGAUGCUAGGGCCAUCAGCAUAUUAGAGACAACAACACGUAGGCUCGAAAAUGGGAGGUUCGAAGUCGGGCUACCGUGGCGCGAAGACGAACCUAAUAUUCCAUCAUCAUAUCAUUUAGCACUGUCUAGGUUUGAAGGCUUACGUAGGCGGUUUGCAAAAGAUAAAGAGUACGCCGAAUUAUACAGGGUGAACAUAGAAGCAUAUGUUGAGAAAGGUUACGCGGAGGAAUGUAAUGACAGCCAUGGUAACUCAAGUUCGUCGUCGCGCCGCUGGUAUUUGCCCCAUUUUGGGGUGACUAACCCGAAUAAGCCGGGUAAGCUAAGGAUAGUGCACGAUGCUUCGGCUACAUCCUCGGGCGUCAGUCUCAACUCGCUCAUCCUCCCUGGGCCUGACAUGUUACAAUCUUUGCUAGGCAUUUUGAUGAGGUUUCGCGAGGGUCAAAUCGCUUUAAAUGGGGAUAUACGCGAGAUGUUUCCACAAAUUAAGAUCAGGGAGGAGGAUCGAGAUUGCCAGCGGUAUAUUUGGCAUUCUCCGGAUGGACAUCUGACGGAGUUUAGGAUGUCAUCUUUAAUAUUUGGUGCAUCAGCUUCCCCAUUCACGGCUAUUUAUAUUAAAAAUAGGAAUGCUAAAGACUUUCAGGAUAAGUAUCCCAAUGCUGCCGAGUCUAUUAUUCGCGAUCAUUACAUGGAUGAUUUCUUGGGAUCUUGCGAUGAUUUAGAUACAGCAGCGCGUCUAGCAGCUGAUGUGCAAUUUGUGCACCAGCAGUGUGGCUUUGAGAUGCGAUCCUGGGUGUCCAACGCCCCUGAAGCUUUGAAAUUUAUCCCUGUUGAAUUACACAAAACCAAUACCACUGAUGUCGACCUCAAUUUAGAUGGGGGUGCACAGAAAAAGGCAGAUGUGCGCGUCUUGGGGAUGCAUUGGAAUCCUCGAGACGACACAUUUGGUUUUAAAAUUGAUAUUGACAUUCCGUUGCCUUCAAAAUUUACUAAGCGUCAGGUUCUUAGAGACCUCAUGCGUGUCUAUGAUCCUUUGGGACUUUUACAGCCCAUAGUGACUCGAGAACGGUUUUCGGAUUGGCGGCGCCUACUAAGGACAACCGCACGUGUUUUCCAAUUCACGCGUCUCCUGAGAGAACGCGAGACACGCGCGGCCGACACAAUCGGCUGUCCCGGUUUGCGUCCGCUACUCGCACGUGACGUCAAGAACGCCGAGUUGUAUCUCCUUAAGCAGACUCAACGCGACUCCUUCGCCGAAGAACUCGACUGCCUGAUGCAAAAUAAGGACAUUCCAAAGAGGAGCCGGCUAAACAAGUUGGCUCCCAAGUUAUGCCAAGAUGGCCUGAUAAGGGCGACCGGCAGAAUCAGUUCCGCUCCAGAAGUUGCCAUUGAAGCUAAAGAGCCGAUUAUACUGGACGGCCGACAUCCCACGAUCAGACUCUUCAUUUCUCGUUAUCACAUUUGGGCAUUACAUGGAAACAACGAGACAGUGGUGAACGAACUGCGUCAAAGAUUUGCCAUUCUGCACCUUCGGCCAGCAGUUCGCUCUAUCGCCUCGCAGUGCCGAGUGUGUCGGAUGAGGAAAGCCACGCCAACAGUUCCACCGAUUGGAGAUCUGCCCAUGGAACGACUACAACAUCAUCACCGGCCCUUCUCAUUCGUCGGAUUGGACUAUUUCGGCCCGGUGGACGUUGCAGUCAGAAGAUCGCGAGAGAAACGGUAUGUGGCCCUCUUCACGUGCUUGGUCACAAGGGCCGUACAUUUAGAAGUUGUUGGGAGUUUGUCAGCGGACAGUGCGAUCAUGGCUCUCCGCAGAUUUAUCGCUCGGAGGGGCUGUCCUACCAAAAUUCUCUCUGACAACGGGACAGCCUUCGUUGGUGCCAACCGUCUUCUCAAGGAAGCCUGGGCCGAGAUUGACCACACGUACAUCCGGAACUUUGCUGCUACCAACAACAUCGAAUGGGAAUUUAUACCGCCGGCGUCGCCGUUCAUGGGCGGCACUUGGGAGAGGUUGGUGCGAAGUGUGAAGCGAGGCCUCGCUGUUGUACUUAAAGAAAGGGCGCCUAGAGAAGAAGUCCUAGCUACACUGCUGGCCGAAGUAGAGCAGGUGGUAAACGCCAGGCCCCUGACGCACGUGCCCGUGUCUCACGACGAAGCGCCGGCAUUGACUCCGAACCACUUUUUGUCUGGAGCGAACGCAUGCCUACCAGCCCCGGCCUCUACCGAGUCGGACCUCAUAAGUAGGCAAAAUUGGAAGAAGGCGGUCAGACUUGCUGAUCAGUUUUGGUCUCGUUGGGUGAAGGAAUACCUUCCCGACUUACUACCUCGAGGCCUAUCGUCAAACCAGCACCGCAACCUCAAUAUUGGGGACUUAGUUUUUAUUUGUGACGGAAAUCUUCCUCGUAAUGUUUGGCCUCGUGGUAGGGUCGAGAAAGUAUUCCCUGGAAAGGACGGGAUCGUGCGAGUGGCUGACGUACGGACUAGCGCAGGGGUCCUACGUCGACCUGCGCGUAAAAUUGUGAAACUAGACCUGUCGCCGUAG